GCAGGCAGCGGAGACCGCAGCGGCCGUGGAGGAGGCGGUUGCUGCGCCGGGUCCUGGGGUCGCUGCUUGAGGCGCAGGCGCCGUGGACUCUGCCCAUCCUGGUCCUUGCAUCGCCGUGGGCUCGUAAUGGCGACCCAGCAGAGGCCUUUCCACCUGGUGGUGUUCGGCGCCUCUGGCUUUACCGGCCAGUUCGUGACCGAGGAGGUGGCGCGGGAGCAGAUGUCCCCGGAGCGGAGCUCCCGCCUGCCCUGGGCUGUGGCGGGCCGUUCUCGGGAGAAGCUGCAGCGAGUCCUGGAGAGGGCUGCCAUGAAACUGGGAAGGCCGACACUGUCAUCUGAAGUUGGAAUAAUAAUUUGUGAUAUCACUAAUCCAGCCUCACUUGAUGAAAUGGCUAAACAGGCAACAGUUGUCCUCAACUGUGUAGGACCAUACCGAUUUUAUGGAGAACCUGUAGUAAAAGCAUGUGUUGAAAAUGGAACUAGCUGUAUUGACAUCUGUGGAGAACCUCAGUUUCUGGAACUAAUGUAUUGGAAGUAUCAUGAGAAAGCUGCAGAAAAAGGGGCUUAUAUCAUUGGAAGCAGUGGCUUUGACUCCAUUCCAGCAGAUCUGGGAGUAAUAUAUACCAGAAAUAAAAUGAAUGGUACAUUGACGGCUGUGGAAAGUUUCCUGACUAUACAUUCAGGACCUGAGGGGUUGUGCACUCAUGAUGGUACCUGGAAGUCAGCGGUUUAUGGUUUUGGAGAUCAGAGUAAUUUGAAAAAACUACGAAAUGAGUCCAAUUUGAAGCCUGUCCCAAUUGUUGGUCCAAAAUUGAAAAGAAGGUGGCCAAUUUCUUACUGCAGAGAACUCAACAGUUAUUCCAUUCCUUUCUUGGGAGCAGAUGUGUCUGUUGUGAAGCGGACUCAGCGUUACUUGCACGAAAAUUUACAGCAAUCACCUGUUCAGUAUGCUGCUUAUGUAACUGUGGGAGGUGUCACCUCUGUUAUUAAGCUGAUGUUUGCUGGACUUUUCUUUUUAUUCUUUGUGAAGUUUGGCAUUGGAAGGCAACUCCUCAUAAAAUUCCCAUGGCUCUUCUCCUUUGGUUAUUUUUCAAAACAAGGUCCAACACAAAAACAGAUUGAUGCCUCAUCAUUUACGUUGACAUUUUUUGGUCAAGGGUACAGCCAAGGCUUUGGUCCUGAUAAGAACAAACCAAAUAUCAGAAUUUGUACUCAGGUGAAAGGACCAGAAGCUGGCUAUGUGGCUACCCCCAUAGCCAUGGUCCAGGCAGCCAUAACUCUACUAACUGACACCUCUGAUCUUCCUAAGGCGGCUGGUCGAAUCGGGUCUCAGCUGUGCAUUAAUUUGUGGGACCUUAGAAGAGGUUUUAUCAUCUCUAAAAUCAGGAAGAUGGACAAGAGCAAGAGAUCUCAUGACUAGCUGCAUAUCCAAACCACAAACAAUAUAGGUUCCCCAGCGGACCCCAGCAGUUUGCAUUCAGGAGGUAUGACGGUUGGGCCCUAGGAAUCCGUGGCUUAGAUCUGCACUUGGGAGCUACUGGCUGAGACUCCAUGUGCAUCUUUCCACUUUUGCAACGUGUGCUGUGUUGUGCUCUAGUGUUGAUGCUGAUAUAUGACCACCUGUGUGACCCUGUCCUCCAGCUUGAGGUACAAGUGUCUAGUCCUGAUAUUCUUUCUAACCUUCCAAGGCUCCACCUGCUCACUUGCAGAAAGUAUAUUUACUUGCCUCAAGCAAAUUGUCCAAGAGCUUUAAGUCUCAGUCCAAGAGGUAGAAGUCGUUCCUGCUUCCCAUGGCCUCACUGCUAUCCUGCCUCAAGGACAAAGGCUUUCCUUUCCUUUUCCUUUCCUUUUCCUUUUCUAUGAUGCUUUGCUGACCCUUGUCCCUGCCAUCACCAACAUGGAGCUCCACACUUGGGCUCCAGGGUUACAGGUUAUAUUUUAGUUCAUGUGCAUACACUCAGCCAGGACCUGAGCUACAGGCAAAACCCAAGCCCCUCCCAUAAGCCCUUGGGUCCUGGUAGUAAGCUGAAGUCACCAGCCCAGAUGCCUCUGCCUUCCCAGGGAGACUCCUCUUGGAGCCCUUGAUAGCCUCUCCUGCCAGUAGAGUUUCAGUGCCCCUAACUUUAUAUUUUAGGGAGCAAGUAUUGGAGUUGUCACCUCUGUUGCCUCCUUCCUGUUCUUAUGCAAAUCAGUCAAACUGCUCCUUGGGACAGUCCUGCAUAUUAAGGUCCCAGGCCUUUGGUUAGGAAUGCAGUCCCAGAGUCAGCCCACUGCUUACAGUGGCCUGGACAAGCCUCGUUUGUUUAACCUUUAAAGCCUCAAAAUGGGGAAAGUAACAGGGCCAAAUUCAUAGAAUUAUGGUGAAAAUUAAAUGAGCUCACAGCUGUAUAGCACUUAGAUUAGUGCCUGACACACAGUAAGCCCUGGAUAAGUCUCUGUUAUUGCUGCUAUUGUUAGUCUGUCUAAGGCCGCAAAAGUUUUCUUUACAAGCCUUUCCCCAGAGCACUCAGUGCCCGUUGGACCUAACUAAGACUCAUCAAUCAGUUCUUUGUGGAAUCAAGAUCUCUUCGAGAUUGACUAAUUCCCGGCAGAUGUCAUAGUAAAUCUUAACCUCUGCCACCCCAGGCCCUUGCACUGAACAGGUCCCACAGUACAGGCACUUAACGAUGCUUAAUGAAUUGAACCUAUUUCAAAUAAACCUAUGAAGACAGAAAAUAAGUGGAGGUAGAAUAUCAAAUUUGUUCAGAACAAGGAUACAAAAUGAGGGGCAUGAAAUAACCAUUCUCUAGGUGAGACAGCAAGAAACUUACAAAAGAGCUUUUAUUUGAAGUUUGGAGCUGUUAAUCAUGAAAAUAUUAACGGCAGUUGCUUAUCAAUUCCUCUGUGUGCCAAGCACAUUCUAAGUUCUUUAUAUUCUUUUGUAUUUGUUAACCAUCUGCAGUAAGUACUGUUACCGUUCCCCUGUAACAGAUAAGGAAAGAGACUUAGAGAGGGGAAGUCCUUUGCCCCAAACCACACAAUUGAUUAGUGAUGGAUUCAGCCCCAGGCAGUCAAUCCCAGAGCUCAGAGUGCUGACCAUUCACCUUUCAUAUUUCCCACCUCACCUUCACCCUGGUUAUGGAUUCAUUUUUACAUGAUUUUAAAUCAAAUUGAAGAAGAGUUUUGCUUAAAAGUGGUAUAACAGGUUGAGUGAGUGGGAAAUGAGUUGACUAGGUUGAGUCCACAAUUCAGCUCUGAAAGCCAAGUUAAUUAAGCUUAUUAGCUACACAAAUAAUCGUUCCAACUCAAAGCUCAAAUGUUUUCAGUUGGUGUAGCCUCAGUAUUCCAUAUGCAAUAAACAUUCUCUCUUCUUUUUCACCAUAAGAGCAACAUCAUUUUUCAGUUUCCACAAGCUGGAUUCAAGUAGGUCCCCAAAGUCCUUUAACAUUUGUGACUGCUGGUGUACAAAUGGUCGAAGCAUUUGAUCGUCUUCCUAAAAAUAAAGAAAAGAACAAUAUUGUUGUCAAACCCAAGUUCGUGUGCCCGACGCACAGUGAGGCCAAACUGAAAUGGUGGAGUUUGGAGCAGAGAAACUUGUAUUAGUCAAGGAGGCACCAACCCUAAAGAUGGGAGACCUAGACUCGUCUCAAAUCCAUCUUGCUGGCUGGCCAGGGGCGCAGGGUUUUUUAAAAAAAAAAAAAAGUAAAGGGGAGGGGGUCUUUAUGAUUUCAGCUUUCCUGUAAGACUUCAAUUGCAGACUUCCCAGCACUGUCUUGGGACUCGUUGUGUCUGUCAUUGGUGAAUGUGAUUGAUCUGUGUGUUCCUGCAAAGCAAACUAGUAAAUCAUGGUCUUGUGAUCCCUUAACUUCUUUUUAGGAGAAAGCAAAAGCAAUGGUUGAGGCAUUUUGUUAU